AUGAAUAACUUAAAUCCAAUAUUAGAAAAUUUAAAGCAAAGAACCGUUCAAGAAGCCCCUGUCAAAUUAAUCUAUGCCAAAAAUGAUUUUGUGGUUUUUGAUAAAGGCACCUCCGAUUUUUACGGAGCCGAGGAUGAAUAUAUCUCCGACCAACCCCUAGAAGGA